AUGCAACAAGAACUAAAAUUUAUGUCAAGGUCUGGUGGAAUUGAAAGAAAAGCAACUUUUAAAGUUGAUUACCUUAAGGAAAUAGAAGAACAAGUUCAAAAACAAUGGGAUGAAAAAAAAAUUUUCGAAAUUAAUGCUCCCACUGAAAAUGAAGAAAUUCCCCAAAAGUUUCUCACAACUUUUCCUUUUCCAUACAUGAAUGGACGGUUACAUUUAGGGCACACAUUUACACUGUCAAAAUGUGAGUUUGCAGUAAGAUUUCACAGGCUUAAAGGCAAAAAAGUAUUAUUUCCUUUUGGAUUUCAUUGUACUGGAAUGCCAAUUAAAGCCUGUGCAGAUAAAUUAAAAAGAGAAUUAGAAGAAUUUGGCUAUCCACCUGAUUUUCCCAAAUCGGAGGAGCCUGUUUUAGAUGAAGUAUCAGAUGCUCCCAAGGAUAAAAGUAAAGGAAAAAAGAGCAAAGCAAUGGCCAAAUCUGUUGGUGCUAAAUAUCAAUGGCAAAUUAUGCAAUCAUUAGGUUUAUCAGAUGAUGAAAUCAAAAAUUUUGCAGAAGCCGAGUAUUGGUUAGAUUAUUUUCCCGAGUUGGCUGUAAAGGAUCUAAAAAGAAUCGGACUCCAUGUUGAUUGGAGACGAACUUUCAUAACUACAGAUGCAAAUCCUUUUUUUGACUCAUUCGUUCGAUGGUCUUUAAUAAAAUUAAAAAACCAAAAUAGGGUUAUGUUUGGAAAAAGAUAUACAAUUUUUUCACCUAAAGAUAAUCAACCAUGCAUGGAUCAUGAUCGAAGUAAGGGAGAAGGAGCAGGUCCUCAGGAAUAUACUUUAAUUAAAAUGAAAGUAACUUCGGUGCUACCUCCUAAACUAGAAAUGUUCAAAAAUAAACCUGUUUUUUUGGUGGCAGCAACAUUAAGACCGGAAACAAUGUAUGGGCAAACAAAUUGUUGGGUUAGACCCGAUAUGAAAUAUAUAGCUUUCGAAACGGAACAAAAGGAAAUUUUUAUAUGUACACAUCGUGCUGCUAGAAACAUGUCUUAUCAAGGCAUCACUCAGCAAGAAGGGAAUGUUAAAAUAUUAGCAGAAAUUUUAGGAGAAGAUAUACUUGGACUCGCUCUUUCAGCUCCCCUUAGUGUUAAUAAAACAAUAUACACUCUUCCAAUGCUUACCAUUAAAGAAGAUAAAGGCACAGGAGUUGUGACGUCUGUUCCAUCAGAUUCACCUGAUGAUUAUGCAGCUCUUGUAGAUCUCAAAAAAAAACCAGCGUUGAGAGAAAAAUACAACAUCAAAGAUGAAAUGGUUAUGAAUUAUGAUCCGGUUCCAAUUAUCGAAAUUCCCGAAUUCGGUUCACUCUGCGCUCCUACAGUGUAUGAAAAACUUAAAAUACAAUCGCAAAACGAUAGGGAAAAAUUACAAGAAGCCAAGGAAUUGGUGUACCUGAAGGGUUUUUACGAUGGUGUUAUGCUCGUCGGAGAAUACAAGGGUGAAAAAGUUCAAAAUGUAAAAAAAUUACUUCAAAAACAAUUGGUAGACAAGAAGGAAGGUUUAAUUUAUUACGAACCUGAAAAAACUAUUAUUUCAAGAUCUGGUGAUGAAUGUGUUGUUGCUUUAUGCGAUCAGUGGUAUUUGGAUUACGGUAAUCCAAAAUGGAAAGAAUUAACAGUUAAAGCUCUCGAUAAAGUAAACACUUUUCACGAAGAAGUUAGAAAAAAUUUGCUCGUCACAAUCGAUUGGUUACGAGAGCACGCAUGUUCUAGAAAAUACGGUUUAGGUUCCAAGUUACCGUGGGAUGAAAAUUGGCUCAUAGAAUCAUUAUCGGAUUCCACAAUUUAUAACGCUUAUUACACCAUCGCUCAUUUUCUCCAGGGAAAUACAUUCAAGGGUGAUAAACCGAACGUUUUUAAUAUCCAGGCAAAAGAUAUGACGCCUGAAGUUUGGGAAUAUAUAUUUGUGAAAGACGCUCCAGAGCCCAAAACGAAAAUUCCAUUAGAAUCUCUUAAAGUAAUAAUUUUUUUUUUUUUUUCUUUCUACGUUGUUUAUUUAAUUCAAAAUCAUUUAUCGUAUUUUCUUUUCAAUCACACGUCAAUAUGGAUAAACGAACCGGAUAAAUGGCCGAAAGGUAUUCGCGCAAACGGUCAUUUAAUGUUGAAUUCAAUGAAAAUGUCAAAAUCCGAAGGGAAUUUUUUGACUCUGUCCGAAGCUGUCGAUAAAUUUAGCGCUGACGGUAUGAGAUUAUCAUUGGCGGAUGCGGGAGAUUCGAUAGAAGAUGCCAAUUUCGUCGAAACUAUGGCCGAUGCCGCCAUAUUACGUUUGUAUAAUUUUAUCGAAUGGGUUAAAGAAGUUUUAAAACCGGAAAGCAAUUUGAGAACGGAUUCGCUCGAAACGUUCAACGAUAAAGUUUUCAAAAGCGAAAUAAAUCUUAAAAUAAAAGAAUCGGAAAAAUUUUACGAAAACAUGAUGUUUAAAGAAGCUUUAAAAGUUGGAUUUUUCGAAUUACAAGCCGCGAGAGACAAAUACAGAGAAUUGAGUCUCGAUGGAAUGAAUCGAAAUUUGAUUUUGAGAUUUAUCGAAGUUCAAGCUUUGUUAUUAUCACCCAUUUGUCCUCACGUCAGCGAAUUCGUUUGGUCUUUAUUAGGAAAAGUGAGUUCGAUAAUGGAAGCCAAAUGGCCCGAGUACGGAUGGAUCGAUGAGGGAGCCGUCAAAGCUUCCGAAUAUUUUAUCGAAGCCGCUCAUUCUUUACGUCUUCACUUGAAAAAUUAUAUGACUCCGAGAAAGGGGAAAAAGGGAGAAACGAGUGGUACGAUUGAAAAACCGACUCACGCUUUUAUUUGGGUCGCAAAAAGUUUGCCACCCUGGCAAUCAACGGUCGUCACGUGUUUAAAAGAAUUACAUCAAAAAUCCGGCGUUUUACCAGAGAACAAAUUAGUUGCGGCGGAAUUGAAUUCGAAACCCGAAUUGAAAAAAUACGGGAAAAAAUUGAUGCCAUUCGUGCAAGCGACGAGGGAAAAAGUUGAAAAAAUCGGUUUCGCUGCCUACAACCUGACAUUAGAUUUUUCGGAAAUGGCCGCAUUAGAAGAAAAUAAAGAAUAUUUAAAACAAACAUUAGAGCUCGAAGACAUUGAAUUUUGGUACUCGGAAGAAACCGGGCCGGAAAAUCUUAGAGACGAAUGUUGUCCGGGAAAACCACACAUUGCAUUCACGAAGGGAGUCACGUUACAUUUAGACAAUCCUCAACCUCAUUCCGGUUUUUAUUCGAGAAAUCUUUUGAUUCAAGAUGGAGACACGGUUGAGUCCGUCAUAGAGAAAUUAAAAAUUACAUUUAAAACGCUCGGAGAUCAAGUCAUCAAUCAACCGAAUGACAUUCAACUGUGGAGGUAUAACGAUCAUUUAUUAGGUCCGAGAACGAUGCCGUCAUUCGGAAAAGCAACGGAUGGGAAAACUUUGGUGUCGGAAAAUUCAAUUUUUCACUGUUCAUUCGAUGAUAAAAAAUUAUUUUUAGUAGAUGAAAACGGAUCUAAAAUUCCAAUCGGUAACACUUUGAUUUACAUAACGAACGAUCCACCGCCGAAACCGAAACAUUUCCCACCCGGAGAUUCAUUUUCCAAUAUAACUCAAACCGUAUAA